GCAGGACCGAAAUGUUAAGCUUUAUUUAAGAUAGCCAAGUAGGCCCUACUGAGCCAACACGCGCUCUAAGCUCCACAAGCUAUUUAUACUUAGGAGGAAAUGGAGGAUGCCUUUUUCUCCCGUUUUCCAGGCUUCCAGCCUAACCCGUCUCUUUCCACGGUCGAAGAAUUUUCUCGUCUAGCACAUCAUAUGAAUUGGAGUACUGGUUCUAAGAGAUACAGAAAAGAACUGGCCAAAUUCGCAAGCACAGAGUUUGCGCAUUAUUAUGAGAUCGGCAAUAAGCUCCAAAACUACCAAGCUCUCUGUCAGGAACUGCGGCUCGAGGGGCCUUUUGCUAGCGUCACACAGUGCCGAAAGGCUCUUGCUACAGUGCAUAUCAAUAUCUUUGACCUAAUUGACUGUCGUCGCACAGGAGCGACCGUUCAAAGAUUUCCUAACCAAGUCGCGCUCAAGAAGUACACCAGAGAAACCCAAAAGAUAUUCCCUAAGCAAGCGGCCAAAGCGGACGGCUUUCUUAAAGAACUACUACGCAAAAUCUUCUGAUUAGGCACGACUGGCGGUACUAGUCCUUUUUGACCGAAUGAUAGGAAUUUUGCUUCGAGCAUACAAGCUUGGGGCAUAGUCUGUAGAAAGAAGUUUGAAAUGUCCUAUGAUCUAUAAGAUAUAUUAGACAGGGACGUUCUUUGGUUUCGGG